AUGCACAGAUGUCUUCAGAUCGCAGAGCUGUUUGAUGCUGUUUGCAAACGAGUUCUUGCGACUGGGCAUCAUGGAUCCCUCGCAGCUCUCUGUAGAACUUGUCGUCUCUUCCAUGAACCUGCUCUUAACAUACUUUACAAGUCGCUGGAAAGUCUUCGUCCAUUGAUGUUUUGCGUCCCUGCAAUCGUUACCAUCGGAAACAAGAUCACUACGUUCAAAGAGUUAUGCCUUUCAGACUGGCAGCGAAUGCAGUAUUACGCCAAAAGAGUUCAUUCACUCAGGGUCAAUGAUCAAGAAGAGAUAGUCAUCGACAAGACCAUUCUACACGCACUAGCUGCUUCAUCCUUCGCACCCCCGAUGUUUACUCAUCUCAAACGGCUUUGGUGGUCAAAUAAUUCUGCAGAUGCUUUACCACUCCUAUGCUCCCUGGUCAGCCCCAGACUGGAAUGGCUAAUUUUGCAUGACAUGGAUCCAAUGCUUCUUCCGCCCGUUGUCCCCCCACAUCACCUCUACCAACUCUCUUCGCAUCGCAGCUUGCGCAACUUAAAGAACCUUGUCUGCGGUCUAAUCAACGAUGCAACGCUAUAUUAUCUCGCAACAUCUUCUAGGCUUACGCAUCUCACUAUUCAAGUCGACGAGAAGAACGACUACGGUGCCCUCAUGAAACUGGCCGGCCAACCAGUGUUUACCAUCCUUCAGGGGCUCGACAUCACCGCGGCUCGCACUUUCCACUGCAUUCCUAUUCUUGGAAUCUCAGAGCUACCAUCACUACGCUCCCUCCGUAUUCAUUCGACGGAAACGGGCUUAACAGAUGCUGAGCUCCAUCAGUGUUUCUGCCUAAUCUCACGUCACUGUCCAAAUCUCAGGGAUCUACACAUGAAAGAAUUGCAGGUAUCCCCGCCGAAAUUCCCUGUUGGCUAUAUCAUCACAUUUGAUAUCCUGAAUACGCUCUUCUCUCUGCGUCAUUUGGAGGCACUGCAUCUCGACACAACUUGCACGUUUUCCCUCAAUGACAAGGAGCUUGCGCAGCUGGCUGGCACAUGGCUGAAAUUGCGGGCACUUGAACUGGGGACCGAAAAUGGCUGGCGGCAACCAAGCAAAAUUACUCUGCAGGGUUUUGCAGAGUUGUUGCGGCGGUGCCCAGUGUUAUCGGUAGUCGGUCUUGCUAUGAACGCCUGGGCACCGGAUAUCGACCAUCGACGACCUGGAGGGGGGACCCGUAGAAACGGUCUGGAAAUCCUACGAGUGGCCGAUUCCAAGGUCACGGGCCCAUUGUCCGUUGCAGCGUUCUUGUCAGACAUUGUACCGAACGCUGAGAUAACGGGUUACGAGAUCGGGUGUGACAUAUAUGAGACGUUCAAUACUCGGAUGUUGUAUCGGGAGAGGUGGGAGGAAGUUUCCGUGUUGCACCCUCUGCUUGUCAACUUAAGGAGGCAAGAAUCAGUAGGUUUGGGAUCGGACGAGUACUCCAGAGAUUGA